CAGAUGACGCGGGGCGAAAUUGUGCGCUCGUUUCCGAGUCGCUCGCCACGCUCAACUGGAUGUCGCCCGCUCCCCACCACUGCGCUGCAUCCCAUUAGCCUGCCCACCGGGUUUGCAUGUCGCAGCAAUCUCCCAGUUUCUUCCCUACACCCGCGAUAGACCAUGCAUUUGCUGGCUUGGGAGCCGGUGUCGUCGCGGUGCUGUGCAUGCACCCCUUGGACCUCCUCAAAAUCAAAUUCCAAGUAGCGACUGACAAGCCGCGAGGCGGCCUCGGAAAACAGAUUUGGCUGUCGCUCAAGGACAUCAAGACCCAGCAGGGAUGGCGAGGCCUCUAUAGAGGUGUGGGCCCCAACAUCACGGGCAAUGCUUCCAGCUGGGGGUUGUACUUCUUGUUUUACAACAUGCUCAAGAACCGAGCCACCGGAGGGGAUCCGAAUUACAAACUUUCCUCUGGCUCUUAUCUGCUAUAUUCUGCGGAAGCGAGUGCCGUGACGGCCGUCAUGACAAAUCCCAUAUGGGUCGUCAAAGUGAGGAUGUUUACCACGAGGCCGGACACUCCGCAGUCUUACCGAGGUCUUUGGGACGGCCUGAAGACCAUUCAUCGGACGGAAGGCAUACGCGGUUUAUAUCGGGGCACAUCAUUGGCACUCUUCGGCGUAAGCAACGGUGCAAUGCAGUUCAUGGCAUACGAGAAGAUGAAAGAAUGGGGGUUCGAGCGCAAAAGAAAACAGUUCGCCAAAGCCGGCAAGCAAUUCAAGCCAGCUGACGACAAACUGGUAAGGUUCCCUGGCGGAGGUCUAGCCCUUCUGACGCGCACCACACAGUCAAACACCUCAUAUACGAUCAUGUCAGGUGCCAGCAAGCUUUGGGCCCUGUCACUGACAUACCCGUAUCAAGUAGUCCGAUCUCGAAUACAGAACAAUGCGACGGCUCAUUUGUACCCCACAAUACGAGCUUGCAUCAAGCGCACCUUUGCCGAGGAAGGGUUUCGCGGAUUUUACCGAGGGUUGGGCACCAACCUGGUGCGAGUUUUGCCUGGGACAUGCGUCACGUUCGUUGUGUACGAGAACCUCGCUUGGCUCCUGCGCACGACCGCAGUUCGAGGGGAGCAGCGGAAACGUGCGAUCGAGGAAAGCAGGAUGAGCUGAGACCUGGCUGGACUGAAGUGCCACGAUCAGCGGCACGGAGCUAGGCACCGGCGGCGUGUUGUUGACUGCAAAAAAAUCACGGCUGCUUACGAACAGUGCAUGCAUAGAUUCCUAUCUCUAGAUUUGUCGUCCAUAUAUGUUACCCUAGUCUAGUAGUAAUCGCACCGAGGAGUUCUACCAU